UACACUGUGAAUUCGGUUCAGAGGGGAUCACACUGACAGCAUCGGCUCCUCUUUCCUGUGUCUGUGUGCACACCGACAGUCAGUGUCAGGAGACACUUUCCACCGUAUUGCAAUACCACAUCUUAUUGGAUUUCCUCGGAGGAGACGCGAUUGAUCGGCGCAGACGCGCAGUGCAUGUUCUUCUAAAAGCCGAGUCCACCUGCGCGUGUCUGAGAGAUCUGUUCAUUUCCAGGAACGGGGCUGUGCAACUCCUCUUUCUUGCCGGACUGAGAGGAGAAUCCGUCAACGUCAUAUAAACGGGAAUAACAUCUUUGAUUUUUUUUUUCUACAAAGUGAUUAUGGUCGUCCUGCGCGGAUUGUAAGCGAGGAAAGUCGCCCGUUUGCUCCUGACCGAAAGGGACAUAUCAGGUCGUGCCAGCAGGAAACACACGGGUUCGGAAGAAAUUCCCAUUCAAAUUUGAGGACUUGAGAGAGACCGAAGGAGCGUGCACAAUGCCUCUUGCUCAGCUGGCAGAGCCAUGGCCCAAAAUGGAGCUGGUGCAGUUGGAGACGGAGAAUGGGCAGAGCACCACUGAGGAUGGAGUCUCUUCAUCUGUAAAGUACAAGGCACAGCUCUUCUACAGUCUAGAGAAAGAGAUUGCCGCUGUCAGUGUGAAGGAAGAUGGUGAGGAGAUCAAGGAGAUCAACAUCACACAUGUGGUUAAGGAGGGAUCAGAGAAAGCAGAUGCAUCGCAGUUCGAGCUGCUCAAAGUGCUUGGACAGGGCUCCUUUGGAAAGGUGUUUUUGGUACGGAAGGUAACCCCUCCUGACAAUAACCAGCUUUACGCCAUGAAGGUCCUGAGGAAGGCCACACUCAAAGUGAGGGAUCGAGUGAGGACCAAAAUGGAGAGAGACAUCCUAGCAGACGUCAACCAUCCGUUUGUGGUUAAACUCCAUUAUGCCUUUCAGACUGAGGGUAAACUCUAUCUGAUUCUGGACUUCCUCAGAGGAGGGGACCUGUUCACCAGGCUGUCGAAAGAGGUGAUGUUCACAGAGGAAGAUGUCAAGUUUUAUCUGGCUGAGCUGGCAUUGGGUCUAGAUCACCUGCAUGGUCUUGGCAUCAUAUACCGAGAUCUCAAACCUGAGAACAUCCUCCUGGACGAAGAGGGUCAUAUCAAACUCACAGAUUUUGGAUUGUGUAAGGAGGCUAUUGAUCAUGAGAAGAAGGCAUACUCGUUCUGUGGGACGGUGGAGUACAUGGCUCCAGAAGUGGUCAACCGGCAAGGACACACUCACAGCGCUGACUGGUGGUCAUUUGGGGUACUGAUGUUUGAGAUGCUUACUGGAUCACUGCCUUUCCAGGGAAAAGACAGAAAAGAAACCAUGAAUCUCAUCCUGAAAGCUAGGUUGGGGAUGCCUCAGUUCCUGAGCUCUGAGGCUCAAAGUUUACUGAGGGCUCUGUUCAAGAGGAAUCCCACCAACAGAUUGGGAUCUGGAUCAGACGGUGCUGAAGAAAUCAAACGCCAUUCAUUCUUCAUGACAAUUGAUUGGAAUAAACUCUUCAGGCGAGAGAUAAAACCCCCAUUUAAGCCAGCAGUGGCCAGACCAGACGACACCUUUUACUUUGACUCAGAGUUCACGUCUCGUACACCUAAAGAUUCCCCAGGCGUUCCCCCCAGCGCUGGGGCCCAUCAGCUCUUUAGGGGCUUUAGCUUUGUUGCCACGGCGAUGCUGGAGGAGGAGGGCAAAGAAGAGCCCUCAAAGCCCCCUCCACACCCUGUGGUGCAGCAGCAGCUUCACGGUAAGAACAUCUUGUUCAGUGACGGUUAUGUGAUGAAGGAGGACAUCGGCAUGGGCUCUUUCUCUGUCUGCAAACGCUGCAUACACAAAGUAACCAACACCGAGUAUGCAGUGAAGGUGAUUGAUAAAACAAGCACAGACCCAACUGAAGAGAUUGAGAUCCUGCUGAGAUAUGGCCAGCACCCCAACAUCAUCACUCUCAAAGAUGUGUAUGAUAAUGGAAAGCAGGUCUAUCUGGUCACUGAGCUGAUGCGAGGAGGGGAGCUGCUGGACAGGAUCCUCAAGCAGAAGUUUUUCUCUGAGAGAGAGGCUAGUGCUGUGCUGCACACUAUCACGAAGACUGUGGAAUACCUGCACUCUCAAGGGGUUGUGCACAGGGACCUGAAGCCCAGUAAUAUUCUGUAUGUUGAUGAGUCUGGAAAUCCUGAAUCUCUGCGCAUUUGUGAUUUCGGCUUUGCCAAGCAGCUUCGUGCCGAUAAUGGUCUCCUCAUGACGCCUUGCUAUACCGCCAAUUUUGUAGCACCUGAGGUACUAAAGAGACAGGGCUAUGAUGAAGGCUGUGACAUUUGGAGUCUCGGCGUAUUACUAUACACUAUGAUUGCUGGGUUUACGCCGUUUGCCAAUGGUCCAGAAGACACUCCAGAAGAGAUUCUGAGCCGGAUAGGAAGCGGCCGCUUUACUCUGACGGGUGGCAACUGGGACGCGGUGUCUGAUGCUGCCAAAGAUUUGGUCUCAAAGAUGCUCCAUGUGGACCCUCACCAGCGACUCACAGCCAGGCAGGUGCUGAAGCAUCCAUGGAUCGUUCAGAGAGACAAACUUCCCAACAGCCAGCUACAACAUCAGGAUGCCAAGCUUGUCAAGGGUGCGAUGGCCGCCACAUACUCUGCACUGAAGAGUUCCCAACCACCUCCUGAGCUGAAGCCCAUCGAGUCCUCAUUCUUAGCUCAGAGACGGGUGAAAAAGCUCCCUUCCACCUCUCUGUAGAGAAAAGGAGAUGUUUUCCUUACUGAAUGCAGUUGUGGAACGGAUGGACAGACGGAUGGAUGGAUGGAUGAAAGAACCACACUGAAGCUCUACAGACUAAAGACGGUCACUUGAACCUGCCCAUGACAUCAGCACAGGAGGGAAGUGGUCAAGCACACUAGGCAAGGGAGCUGAUUGGCUGAUGAAGUUUGAGGGGCGUGGUCAGUGAGGGUUCCAGACUCCCUUAGGAGUAAAUGUGUGUAUUUGUUUAGUUUUUUGUGCGUCAGAUUUCAAAGAAGCAGGUAAAGGAUUCUGUUAAAAAAAUAGAUGAUAUUGCCAGUGCAUUUAUGUCUUGGUACUGUAAUUCCUAAAUAUCAACACUUUUUUAUUUCUUCCUCAGUUUUUUGUUUGAUUUGCCUAUCUUUUUUAUCUCUGUAGUUUGUUCAAACUGGAUUGUCAUGUUGUUUUGUGUAAAAUCUGUCUUUUUUGAAAGCUUUUCAACUUUUCUUUUGUCAGUAGUUCACUCUUUUAGCCCAUCUCUUCCUGAAAGCUCAGGAGAAAUAAAGAUGUUCCAGUAUAAGAUUUCACCCAGAUGAAUGAGUAAAGUUAAAAAUAUCUUCCAUGAGGAUCCGGUGAGCAUGUUCACGCGACUAUCAUACUGGAAGUGCUCUCUGCAUGGAUUUGUACAAUGCUGUCUUGUUUUCCCCCAACUCAGCACUUUCGUUUAGUGAACCUAUCAGCACUGGUGAAGACUGUUCAGAAAAUGUCUCCUUUUGUGUUUAUUAAAGCAAACAAGAAAAAAAGUCUGAAUGUGAGAUGACGUCUGAAGCUUCUGGCAUGGAAAAAAAAAUGUUGCUCUUGUUUAGACCAGUGCUCCUAUGUGUUUUGAUUUUGUUGUUGUUGUUUUGCUUAAAGAGAAGUUAUUUUAUAAAGGCACACAGAGCACAAGAUGUAUAAAUAUGACCGCUGAGAAACAAAAAAAAAAGAUUGAAUAUUUGUGUAUAUUUUUUAUCUUGUCUGUCCUAUUCUUUGUUCUCUCUCUGUUCAGAAGCCCAGCGUGCUGGAAAUAGCCACUAUAUUGUGCUCAGGCUGUUCUUAGCGAUGCCUUGCAAAUUCAUGAAGCCUUGUCUUGCUCAAGUAUUGCACCCAGUCAAACACGUCUUCAGUGUUUUAAGAUGUGCUUGCAGUAUUGUUUUGCAUUUUCCUUAAUAGAAUUUUUGAAUUAUUUAGAAAUUAGUUUGCUCCAAUAUAAAGAUUAACAAAAGAUUUAUGAUUUGAUUAUUAAAACUAAACAAAUCCAAAUUGAAUAUGUAAUAAUUUAGUCACUCUCAUGUCUUUCCAAACUCCUGACAUUUGUGUAAAAUUUUUGAAGAUAUUAAGAGACAUGUUCAAGCUGUACUUUUGAAUACAAUUGAAAGUGACCAGGAAUCGUU